AUGAGGCGGGGGUGUACCCCGCCUGAUUACCCAUUGACCGUUGGAGAUAGGCACCAGUUCCCCCACGACCCAACAUGGACACAUCGGAACGGGAUAGACUUCAACCGACAGAUAAAAACAGAAGACAUCAACGACUCGCCUCAUUCAUCCACCUCAGUGAAGAUAUGUCACCUUCCACAGGGCUCUCCAGUGCAGCUGAGUGGGGAGCUCCCAUCUCUCCAUCCCAUGCAACCACUGGUUCUGAUGCAACCUGCUCACCCCUCCCCCUUCCUGCUCUCCCAGAGUCCCUCCAGCCACCAAGCCCUUCUGCAGCCAAACCUGCUGUCCCUUCCUACUCAGAGUCAACCCGGUCUCCUUCAGCAUCAGUCUGGACUGGCUCUGACUCCGCAGGCUAUGAGUCGUUCUGGUUUGGUUGGGCCGUCUAUGUCUAUGGAGAACCACAUGGACAUGUCCCAUCUGCAGAUGCCCAAGCACAUGUCAGUAGCACCACAGGAAGAACCCAACGAUCUGGAGGAACUGGAGCAGUUCGCCAAAGCGUUCAAGCAGAGACGCAUCAAACUGGGCUUCACUCAGGGAGACGUGGGCCUUGCUAUGGGAAAACUGUACGGGAAUGAUUUCAGUCAGACCACGAUAUCUCGGUUUGAGGCUCUCAACCUCAGCUUCAAAAAUAUGUGCAAGCUCAAACCUUUGCUGGAGAAGUGGCUGAGUGAUGCAGAGAGCUCUCCUUCAGACUCCAUGAGCACUUCCACCUCCCUGCCUCCUCUGAUGGAGGGCUACGGACGCAAACGGAAAAAGAGGACAAGUAUAGAAACAAACAUAAAGCUGACUUUGGAGAAACGUUUUCAUGACAAUCCCAAACCCAACUCGGAGGAGAUAACCCUGAUCUCAGAGCAGCUAUCCAUGGAGAAGGAAGUGGUUCGAGUUUGGUUCUGUAAUCGAAGGCAGAAGGAAAAGAGAAUCUACUGUCCAGUGGCUGCUUUACCAGUCAAAUCUCACAGCUACAACUCCAGAAUGGCCUCCACGUCUGGGUCCUACAGCCCUCUGGCUUCAGGUGCAGUUUCCUCCAGUUCCUCCCCAAACAGUGCGAGUCGUGAACCGUCUCCCAACGGUUUGGCCUCAGCUUCAGUUGCUCUGACCUCUCCGGUUAACCCAGCUUCUUACAGCGCACCGGGGUCCUGGUACCGAGCUUGGAAUUCUGCUCCAUAUCACCACUGAGAAACAUGAACUGUGUGAUAUGAAGCUUUCAGACAUUGUUGGAAUUGAGAAGAUUGGGAAACACAACGUUCCUGUUUUGAGCAGAGUUACAAAUAAAACACCUAAACGGACUCAUGAAACGACUCAGAAAGACAAGCUGAGAAUUGCAACGCAACAUCAAAAUCCUUCCAACCCUCAAUUCAAUAUCAGUUCAGGUCCCAGAAGACUGAAGCUGUUUGAUUAAUGCUCACAGGAGCCUUUAUUCUUGAAGAUGAAGGACAAAGAAGGAUCGACGUAUCAGAAACACUGGUGGGAAGUCUCGUGUUUGCGUCUGUAAGCUCAAUUUAUUAAAAUGUUGAAGGAUUCAACUUCUUUUCCUUUAGCCACCCGUUCUGCAAAGGCCUGUUUGUUAACAUGCUUUUUCAUUUUAGUUUUUAUCGGUCACAUUUGAAAAAAAAAAAAAAAAGAAUAGAAAUUUGAAGUCAUUCUGUUCUAAAUCAGCAGUUUUCCUAUUUUACUUAUGACUGAUGAAAAAACAAAGACAAUGUAUAAAACCUAUGAUUUCUAUAAGCUUUGGUCAUUUUCCAUCCUUGAUGGGUUUUUUUAAUUCUAAAAUGGUUUUGAAGGUCACUAAAAUUGGCCUAAAAUCGAAUGACAGUGGCUCUGAAAUGCACAAACAAUCUUGGUUUUAGGAAUAAUAAUAUGAAGAAAAGUGUCCUACUUGUUCACACUUACCAGAACAAUAAAUGAGCAACAUCUCUUUAAUACUAUUUGAAAGUAGAGUUCAUAUACUCCUUUGUAAGUAACUUAAAAUGAGAUUUAGAACACUUGUUAGUAUUUCACAACUGUUUUUGGACAAGAAUGGAGCUCUGUGGCACUCAGGAACAAGAUGAAUCAGAAAUGUUAAUAAAAUCUUUUUUUGUGUGUUUUGAUCAGAUUUGUUUACUUUUAAAAAGCAAAACAUGACUAGACUUCUCCGUCUGCUGGACAUGAGAACUUGAGCCUGCGCCAGUCCAACAUAAGGCUUCUGUCUUCCUUAUUUUCAACUUUUGUUGUUUCUUCUUCAUAACAGCUGGUAAGAUAUCGACUGUUUUGUUGUUUAAUAUUUUCUUUUUUGCAUGUUCCUUGUGUUUUAUUUAAUUUUGUGGAAACAUGCUUCAGUAGUCUGAUAGUCUGAGUUAUUCAUUUGACUGAACAUGACAUUUUAUGUUGCAGUAGGAACAAUCAAACAUAAAAUAAACUUUUUUGACUGAA